CUCGCUCGCCUCGGCUGGGCUCGGCUGCGCGGCGGUGCGCUGCGCUGCGGCCGGAGAAGAUGGCGGAUCGGGCGGAGAUGUUCUCGCUCUCCACCUUCCACUCGCUCUCGCCGCCCAGUUGCAGACCCUCCCAGGACAUCAGCCUGGAGGAAUUUGACGAUGAGGACCUGUCCGAGAUCACAGACGAUUGUGGCAUCGGCCUGAAUUAUGACUCCGACCACAAUGAGAAGGACUGCCUGGGGCUGGGGAGGGGGGAGCAGCCCCACCCCAUCUCCACCUUCCAGGAAGACUUCCAGGAGUUUGAGAUGAUCGAUGACAAUGAAGACGAGGAGGAGGAGCUGGAAGAGGCCCUCCCCUCCCCUUCGGGGUCGCUGAUACCUUCGCCCACCCCUGAGGACCCCCAGAAGCUUCGUCCCACCACCCUCAAUUUGACAGUCACAAGCACCCAGGAUUCCCUCAACAACAACAACAGUGGCCACAAUGUGGCUCCCCCCCUGCAGAGGGCCACGUGGCAAGAGACCCUGCUGCACUCCUCUUCGUCCUCCUCUUCCUCCUCCUCGGUCUCCCACGCAGAGCGCCCGUCUCCCCUGCACUCCUGUCUCCAGGACGGACCCUGCAGGGACCUCCAGAGCAGCAAAGGGCCGGCCGUCUCCCAGGCCCCUUGCAAGGCCCCACUUUUUGAUGCCGAAGGCAACAGCCAGGUUCUGCAGAGAGGCCCCCCUGGGGGGGAGGAUUAUAACAUGAACGUUGUCUCCAGUGAGGCCAGCCUGCAGCCUCCUUCCGCCUUGACCAGCGCAGCAUCUGGGAAGCCUCCGGAAGCUCAGAGCAGCUCUCCGCCCCUCGGUUCCAUCUCCCAGCCCCACAGUCGCAGCCCUCCCAGGUCCCCUGCCACGGAGAGCUACUGUGCCCAGUUUCAGAGGGAUGCUGUGGCGUGCCAGGAGAAAGAGGAGAGAGCCGGCUUGGCUGGGGACCCAGCAGGGCAUAGAUCCCCCAUGGGUGGGGUCCGUGCCGCACUCUCUGAGGGUGAGCCUACCAAGCGCCCCAAGGAUGGUUCUCCCCAGGAGUCUGUAGAACCCCACGCAAGCCCAGUACGAGAAGCGGUUGCCCCACUGAGCUCCGAAGGAGAGGGCCCUUUUCAAGGACUGCCCUCUGCCUCCUCCGAUACCACGUCUCCCUCCUCGGACCCUGGCAUAGAGGCUGAUCUCACCAGCCGGACCUCCAAGGCCUUCCCCCUGUGCACCCAGCACUGCGAGGACCUCAGCUCCCCCAGCUCUGACUCUGACGUGGAGGGGGAAAUCGAGGCGGCCUUCGCCUCUAACGGGAGCCGCUUGGCUAGCAACAUGAUCUCCAGCAUCUCCGAAACGGAGCUGGACGUGAGCAGUGAGAGCAGCAGUGGCCGUUCCUCCCACCUCACCAAUUCCAUCGAGGAGGCCAGCUCCCCGGGCUCUGAGGCAGAUCUGGAAGCCGACUUGGACGCCCGGGGCAUGAUGGGCCUGAAGGAUGCCCUCCUGCUGGAUGCCAAGAAGGAGGAGGAGGGCACACAGCUGCCCAUGGAGGAGAGCCUGGCGCCGCUCAAAAUAGAGGAAUUCUACGAAGACCCCUCAGUGCCCGUCGACCAGACCGAGCUGCCUCCUUCAGGCCAUCUGGAGCUGGAGAUCAACCCUGACCACAGUCUGGAGAGCCUGCGGCGGUCCUUCUACCUACCAGUGGGGCGCCAGCUCCUGCGUGAUGGGGCGGAAGAGGAAGGGAACAGUGAGGAUGAUUCUGAAUCAGACUCGGAGUCGGAAGCCGACCUGAGCGAGGAUUCGGACUCUCCGUGGCUGCUCAGCAACCUGGUGAACAAAAUGAUCUCGGAGGGCUCCUAUCCCAUCAAGUGUGCCGACGAAUGCUUCCCGGCUGCUCACUCCCUCUCUGACACCAUUUCCCCGGCCUCGGACCUGGAGCCGGAGAUGCCCAGCGAGGCCCUAAAUGACCCCCGGCCCUGCCCCCAGCAGAGCAUCGAGCUGGUGGACAUGGAGACGCUGCGCUGCUCGCUGCAGGGGGCUGAGGAGGAGAAGCCGCUGGGGGCCCAGCCUGCAGUGGAGAAGGGCCCUCAUGGGGGGCAGAUGGGGCCCUACCUGCUCAUGAGCAACUCCACCAAUGACGUCAUCGCGCCUGUCUUCCCAGGGCGGCCCUACUCUGGCUGCUGUGUCAACCCUGUUGCUGCCAAAACCUUCCUCUCCAGGGAGCCCCCCGGCAAGGCCAACCCGGCCACAGAGGAGGAGGAGGAGGAGGAGGAUGGUGCCAUCGACGGGGACCUGGACUCGGGCAUCUUGGAGGACAACGACAUGAUUGACGACAUCCGGUUAGAGCCCAAGGAAGGCCUGGAUGUCUCCACCGCCAAGACCAACCGCUGCUUCAGCCUGUCCUAUUCCCCCGAGGAGGACGCAGUGCCCUGCCGGGGCAGCCUGAAGGGGUCCCCUUUCGACCAGGAGCUCUCCCUCCCGCCACCCGCGAUGAUGCUGGACGACUCCCUGGCCUACGACUCGGUCAAGUACACCCUGGUGGUGGACGAGAACACCCAGCUGGAGCUGGUCAGCCUCAGGCGAUGCACCUCCGUACUGAGCGACGACAGCGAGCUGCUCCGCGCCUGCGACGCCACCGACCCGGAGGACGCCGGCAGUGACUUUGGGGAAGGGCUGGGGGCUCCCGACGGGCGCAGCUCCUCCUCGGAGGACUCCUCCCCGGAGGCCGACCUCCACUUCUCCAAGAAGUUCCUCAACGUCUUCGUCAACAGCACCUCCCGCUCCUCCAGCACAGAGUCCUUCGGCCUCUUUUCCUGCAUGGUGAACGGGGAGGAGAGGGAGCAGAGCCACCGAGCUGUCUUCAGGUUCAUCCCUCGCCACGAAGACGAGCUGGAGCUUGACGUGGACGACCCAAUCCUGGUGGAGCUGGAGGAGGACGAUUACUGGUACCGGGGCUACAACAUGCGGACGGGGGAGCGUGGCAUUUUCCCGGCCUUCUACGCCCACGAGGUGGUGAGCCAGGCCAGGGACGUGGCAGGACUGAAGCGGAACCCCUGCUGGGUGGAGCACUUCAACGUGCAGUUCCUGGGCUCGGUGGAGGUGCCCUACCACCAGGGCAACGGCAUCCUGUGUGCAGCCAUGCAGAAGGUGAGUGCUGUGGGGCGCUGCGGCUGCCUCAGUGGGGCUGGGCCUGAGUUGGAGCGCUGCAGCCAUUUCUUCCAGAUGAAGAAUGUCUCCUUCUGCGGCUGCCACCCUCGCAAUAGCUGCUAUUUUGGGUUCAUCACCAAGCACCCUGUCCUGAGCCGCUUCGCCUGCCACGUCUUCGUCUCGCAGGAGUCCAUGCGGCCUGUGGCCGAGUGUGUGGGCCGCGCCUUCCAGGAAUACUACCAGGAGCACCUUGAGUUUGCUUGCCCCACAGAAGACAUUUACCUGGAGUAG